UUUGGCAUAUUAGCACGGUUAUAGGUGUAAUUUCAGACAUGAAGCCGAUAAAGCCGUUAUUUAUGAAGACAUACGGUAAGCAGAGGCGGAAAAUGUCCGCCUGGAUCUCAUCUGAAAACCGCAAGCAGGCCUUUGAUACCACAGCCUCAACGGACGGUGACAUCUCUGUUUUCGAACCAUCAAAACCUACGAGGACACGAGAGAAGAAGACUAGUGUUGCUAGUAGCAGAGCGAGACGUCCAGCCAAGAAGAAGGCCAUGCUAUGUCUGACUGAGAAGAGCUUUGAUGAGGAUAAUAUUCCAUCUCCAUCCCGUCCUCCGCCUGCUCAGCACAGCAAGACAACCAGAGAGACGAAAACUCAUUCUUCCAAUGGUAGAGCAGUCCGUCCUGCCAAGAGGAAAGCCAUGUUAUGUCGGACAGGGAGCAGCAGUGAUGAGGAGAACAGCAGGCCCUCUCCUCCCCGUCGGCAGCACGUGAAGCAGAACAAGACAACCAGGAAAAGCCGGCUUGCGUCUGUGCCAGGAGUCUUGAUGAGGCACAAAGGCCAGCUGUUACCAAGGACCAGUGAGAGUGAAGACGACUCAACGUCCAGUGCAAAAUGUCCCAGAAGCUCAGUUCAAGUGAAGACAGACUCUACUGUUCGUCUUACUUCUGCGGGCCGCUUUGUAACCCACCGCAGACGUGCUGUUGCCGCCAAAUCCAAACUCCCUCAAGCGACAUUCACUAUACUCAACUCUUCAGAUGAGUUUGCUGGUUCCGGUAAGAUUCAUCGGCCUCCCAGGAGGAGGAAGAUGCCCCCAGCAUUUCUGGCGCCAAGUGCGGAGAACUCGGUGAAUGCUGCAGGGACUUCCAGCUUUGACACUAACCCGUUCCGAGAGAUAUCCCUCAGUGAGAUGGCGGACCACAGCCUUGGACCCUGCCACAGGAAACCCAUCUUUUGUUCUACACCAUCAGCAGGCCCCCUCAGCAAACGGCCAUGCAUUAAACCCUUAUCUAUUAAUGAUCAAUCUGUCACAUCCAUGUCAGUAAGCUGUAUAGGAGUCUUGAACACAUUCCAAGAGGACCUUGAUUCACCGGGGCAGCCUUUCUCCCCACCGUGUUCUGCACCACCCAUCGGGCUUCAUUCUAAGGAGAAGCCACAGUCGAGCCUUGGUGAGCAAGAAGCUUCUGGGGAUUUAUUUAUGGAGGCCAAGAACACCGGCAAGAAAAGUAGCUGUAGCGAGGAAGCCAAAAGCCACAAUGAAGACAUAAAAACCAAGAAUGUUGUGGAAUUACCAAGUCUAAAUCUGCUCUCCACAGAUGACAGUGAAAGCAGCAGUCAGUUCGUGUCAGCAGCAGCAGGGUUAGAGUGGCUGAUCGAAGCUCUGAAGGAGAAAUGUUUGACCAAGCGCUGCACUGUGCAGCUGGAAAGAUUGUACAACCUCACUCUGAGUCAGCUAUGCAGUCAAACAACCUACUCGUCCUGUUUGGGACAUUCAAGCUCAGUCCAUAGCCGGCAAUUAAAUGAACAUUCACCGCCUGUGGACAGCAUUCAAACUAUUGACCUUUCACAGUCUACAGAACCAUCAUUUAAUCUUCAUUUAUCUGUGACUAACAGUCAAGCCUGUGGUUAUGCACAGUCGGUAAAUAGUUUUGAGUCUCUUGAACAUGCGGCUUCAGUGACCGACAGUCAAAGCGUUAACAAUUCACCAACGGUUGACUCUAAGCACCCAGCUGAACACUCAUCCUCAGAGGAACCCAUGGAGCAGUCGGCAUCAGUACUGAAUGUUGAAUCUACCCAUCACACAGACAGCUGCGUUGAGUUUAUCAUGGGAACACAACUACCAGCCAACAGCCCCGUACAAACACUGUUUAUUGAAGAACAGGCUGUAGCCUUAAAGGACAAAUGCCUUGCUAAGAAAUGCACAAUUCAGCUCAAGAAAUUGGCUUUGCCACAACUGACCGUUCAGCACUUCAAAGGGUUCAUGCAGCAAAAAGAGGCAGGUUUAGCUUGUGAUGAAAAGUCUGCUGAUCCAGAUGCAAACAGGUCUGAAAAUGACAGCACACAUAACAUCGACGACUCAGAAGAGCUCACAAGUUCAGGAGAAAUCCUUGAGAGAAUGAUUGCGUCCACGAGACAGCAAAUGAACAGCAGCAGUCCAGUAGCUCAGACACGGUCUAAUGAAGAAGAAAAGGCAGCGAUGCUCACAACGAUGCUGAAGGAGAAAUGUCUCAUUGACAGACUCGUUGUUGAGGUAAAGAGAAUGACUUUAUCACAAUUGAGAGAAAUCCUGCAGCUCAGGGACAGAAAACUUGACACACCCACGGAUGUGUCAGACUCAGCCAGUGAUGACCACACAAAGAAUCACUACCAGUCUGAGAGUGACACUAAUCACUGUAAUGAAGAUGCUUCUGCCAUGAAAGUCAAUAUGAAAAAAGGCUCAACUAGUUCUGGAGACAAGAUUGCUUCAGACAAAGAUGAAGUUGUAAGGAACAUCCCCCACAAAAGAAAAAAGACCUGUAAGGCUCCCAAAGAAAAGAAAAGGAGGAGCACGUCCAUGGACCGACCUGGGACGACCAGGAAGGUGUGUGUGAGUGGUCUGAGUGUGAGUCGCUGGAAAAACAAAGACAGCGCCGACACACACGUGUCCAGGAGCAGGACCGCACAGAUGGGUGGCAACAGUGCCGUGGACUGCAGCAUCAAUGAGCUGAUCUCAGCACGACACAAACGGCCCAGGGAGCUGAUGGGAGCCACCAUGAAUUUCUCCACCCCGGUGAGACCGAGUCGGAUGAGCCUCUUGUCUCUGUUGGCUGACUUCACACCUGACACACACACCUGGAGCCGACUCAAAGCUGCCCUCUCCGUUCAUCGCAAGGGUGUCGUGCUACUCACUCCGAGGAGCGGCUCCGCAGGUAGCGCUGCUCAUCCUAACCUACGUCCGUCGGUGUCGGGUACUCCUGGAGGGCAAGAGCUAGCAGAUGUCAGCCAGGAUCUCUUUGCAACACCCAGUCGGACGCUGCUCUACAAACGCUGUCAAUCACAGCUGCUGAGCUGCAAUUCUCUGACUGAGUGUGAGGAUGCAGAUCUGUCGGAUGCAGAGAAGGUGUAUGCUGAGUGUAGCCAGCAGCGCCCCCUGCCCUGGGAGGAGUGUAUACUCCCUCAGCGGAUGAAACAGUGUGUGAAGAUCGGGGAGGGGACCUUUGGUGAGGUCUUCUCCACCACCAAUGUCUCAGGAGACACUGUUGCACUCAAAAUCAUUCCAGUAGAGGGCAGUGAGAAGGUGAAUGGAGAGGACCAGAAGACCUUUGGAGAGAUUCUGCAUGAGAUUAUUAUCUCAAAGGAGCUGAGCAGCCUGAAAGACAAGAAGCAGAACCAGACUCACGGAUUUAUUGGACUCAAGGACCUCCACUGCGUUCGAGGCCGCUACCCUGCAGAUUUCCUGAAUGCUUGGGACACUUUCGACCAGCAGAAAGGCUCUGAGAAUGACAGACCAGAUUUCUUUGAAAAGGAUCAGUUAUUCAUUAUCCUGGAGUUUGAGUUUGGAGGCAUUGACCUGGAGAAUAGCAGUGGAACGCUGACGUCUUUGGUGGUGGCGAGGAGCAUCCUUCAUCAGGUUACUGCUGCUUUGGCAGUUGCUGAGCAGGAGCUACACUUUGAACACAGGGACCUCCACUGGGGUAAUGUGCUGGUUAAAACAACCAAGCAAAAGAAGGGGAGCUUCCUCCUGAACGGAGCAGCCCACUCUGUGGAAACCAGAGGGGUGCUGGUCCGUAUCAUUGACUACUCUCUCUCCAGACUAGAAAUCGAUGAUCUCACGGUGUCCUGUGACAUCUCAGAGGAUGAGGAGCUGUUCAUGGGCCAGGGGGAUUAUCAGUUUGACAUCUAUAGACUGAUGAGACAGGAGAAUGGAAACAACUGGAGCACCUACCACCCCCACACCAACGUGCUGUGGCUCCGCUACCUGUGCUCCAAGCUGCUUUCCAUGAAGUACCGGUGCUCAGGAGGGAGGGGUGCCAAGGACAUAAGAGAGGAGCUGACUCGUUUCUAUGACAACGUCCUCCAGUACAGCUCUGCCACCGAGGCGCUGCAAAACUGCCCCAUGUUUCAGUAGCAUGUGAGCACUGAACACAUGAAGUGCGAGGAAGCGUGCACACAGACUGGCUUUUAGUAUGAAGAAGGUGCAACAUAUCAGGGUCUUAAAUCUGCCUCUUUUAGUCAUCACCAUUGAUGACCUCUGACAUGUAAAGACGGUUACUCCUUGAUCCCACCGGGCACAGAUCUGCGAGGCGGCUUUGUUCUAUCCUCCACAUGGUUCCCCACUGGGAGCGCUGUGCCUGCCCGAUUUAGUUGACUUGCUCAGAUUUGGUUCCUUGAAUUUUUCUUCAUGUAUUUAAAGCAGAGUGAAGACCUGCCUCUGAAACGCACUGCAGCACAUCUGGCAGAAUCACAGGCAUUGUCUAGGAUGACUGCGAUCAUUUAGUCAGCAGUCUGCCUGCAUCGUUGAUGACCGUUAUUGAUCCCCUUGUAACACAACCGCUGACGAAGGUCACUUCAUGUAUUGUAAAGAGCAUUUGACAAAGGUUAUUAAAAUUACU